AGGGCAGAUCUAGGACCCGUCUAAAUUGUUUACCCCUAUCGUAAUCUUAGCACAUGGAGAAAAAACUGAUACCAGAUCAGUGCACUCUCUGCGGCCCGUUCCACACCAAUCGGGACGUACACGAUAGAGAGGAAAUCGUGUUCCUCGCCAGUUCGUACACGCCACUAGAAUUCACUGAACAUACUGCGAGAAAAAGAACGGUGAUAAAAAGAAGGCUAGGAGAAAGAGAAGGUGGAAGCAAAGAAGGGCUUAAAAAUAUAUUUGGUUGGGAGCGGAGGACGCAUUGGCUUCGCAAGGAGAAGAUUAGUGAUUCAAAUCAUUUCCUAACAUUUUCUAUAUUCGGCGAAGAUAGAAGUAUCGUUAGCUAGCUAGUGGAAUGUGUAGCUAGCUAAUUAGCAAGGAAUUAGUGUUUUUGUAUUUACUUGGUUUACAUGUUCUAUUCUGACUAUUUUUCUAACGCUAGUAAUCGUGUGAAAUGUGCACGAGCCACACAUGGUCAUGGUGUUAUAUAUUGAUUAGACAAUAACAAUCUUGCUAGCGGUACAAUACAUUUGGCCAAGAAGACCAGCUACAAUCAGCUAUUUGCACAUUCAAGGAAUAGCAUUCCUUAUCCCAGAAUAGGGAAGAAGUCAAAGGUUUAAAAAAAAAAAAAAAAAUAGCUAGAUUUGUAAGUGUAGACUAUCUGCCGUCCGAUGUUAAUGUCGACCGACGUCGCAUCCAUAAUGUUACCCGUUUCUCGGGGAAUGAUGGACCGGGAAAAGGACAUUGAUACAGCAACUGGACCCCACGCGAACACGACCGGGGGUCCAGCAGCAAUAGUCCGGGGAAUGAAACGAGGGGAUCCUGAGCAAACAGCUGCAGCUUUGACCGAAUUAGCAGGAGCAGAGUGCAAACGGCCAAGGAUAGACGGGACGGUGGGUGUUGGUGACAUUGGACAGAACAACGACCCUUUAACCCCAGGUUUCCUUGGAUACCCACCUCACAGCCAGGGUUCUCAAGAUUCAACGGGGGGCCAGGAGGGGCUGGUGCCCCCGCCCUUCUCAGCGUUCCCUCCACCACCCCCUCCGCAGAAUGGCCUGGGGACAGAGUUUGUCGGUGCUUUGUUUGGUGCUAGUGGACAGGGGCCUUCGGAUUCAGGGGCUGGAACAAAUGGCUCAGCCGCCACUUCCAACAUCUUACCCACCCAGCAGACAGAAGUGUCUCCAGGUCAGGUAGAUGGAGUGGGGCAGUGCGUGGCAGUAGAAUUAGCAGGAGUAUCCGGGGCUGACUCCGCAGAGGCCAAAGGAACCCCAAAACGACUUCACGUCUCCAACAUCCCCUUCCGCUUCCGAGACCCUGACCUCAGGCAGAUGUUUGGGCAAUUUGGGAAGAUUAUUGAUGUUGAGAUCAUUUUCAAUGAGAGGGGCUCAAAGGGCUUUGGCUUUGUCACGUUUGAGACCAGCGCCGACGCGGAGAAAGCCCGGGAAAGGCUUCACGGCACGCUAGUGGAAGGUCGCAAGAUAGAGGUUAACAAUGCCACGGCCAGGGUGAUGACCAAUAAGAAGAUGGUCAGCCCCUACCCCAACGGAGAGGCCCUUAGCACCCUGCCAUAUGGAUGGAAGCUAAGCCCAAUGGUGCAGGCCAUGUACGGACCAGAGCUCUAUGCAGGUAAACCUUGUCUUCCUCUUAGAUUGCAUGCCCUUCAUUUCACCCAAAUCUGUCUUAAUUUAAACAUCCCUAAUUCAUAUUGCCCCCAGGCAUUGUACGUUCAUACCCUCUCACUCCUUUCCUCUCCCUCAGUUCCGGGGUUCCCCUACCCGUCUGCGGCAGCGGCAGCCUCCACAGCAGCAGCGUUCCGUGGUGCCCACCUUAGGGGCCGGGGAAGGCCAGUGUACAGCGCGGUGCGUGCGGCGAUGCCACAGCCUGCCCUUCCUGCCUACCCUGGCGUGGUGUAUCAGGAUGGUGGGUUUUAUGGAGCUGCAGACUUAUACGGAGGCUAUCCUGCCGCUGCCUAUCGCUUUGCUCAGCCUACUGCUGUAACCGGGGCAACUGCUGCCGCCGCAGCUGCUGCUUACAGUGACAGUUAUGGGCGAGUGUACACUACAGAUCCCUACCACGCUCUAGGUCCUGCUGCCGCUGCCUAUGGAGUCGGUGCCAUGGUAAGAGCCCCCCAGCCGCAACACUACAACAACAGGCUGGAAACUGAGUUAUCUUCACUUUAUGCUAGUUUAUAUCGGGCUGGAUACAGUAGGUUUGCUCCGUACUAAACAGCACUCGCACCAUGGAAUUCCACAUUUCUGAACCUCUUCAUUUGGAAAGAGCUCCCCUCCAUUUUCUACGGGUGGUAGUAUUAACCCAUGUGUUUUGGAAAAAGGUCAUCCACUCAAGAUAAACUCAACUGUAACUCGGCUUGCUUCAACUGUCACACUCAGUGACAUAGUAAUGGACGAAUGAAAACUGCCUGUGAAUUUCAAGACUGGCAACAAUAAUUGAAGACAACUGUGGGAAGAACAAGAAUGGUUACAUAAAAAAACACUAUUGGACAUGGAUGGAGAAAUUGCUGCCCACCAGUAACUUUUUACACUACAUCACUACAAACCUUUGCUCCUAAUAGUCUGUGGUAAUAAUACUCAAAUGUAAAAUGCACACAUAUGUACACAGCUCAAUGUGUUAGUACGACCUAAAAGUAGGCCAUCACUAGCCUGAAAUCUUAGGUCCUUUAUAUGAAACACUACAUUGACAAAAACCUGCCCAGUGGUGGACUCCCAUCAGUUAAACAAUGAACACAUCCAAGUUUAUUUUUAUUUUUUAGAACCUAUUCAACAAAAAAGUGAAUGGCAUGAAGAAACGCAAAAGUAGCAAAAAGUCCAUAAUCUGAACUACAAAAGCUGAGCGACGACGCACGGAAAAUGAUUAGAGAAAUCCAAACAGUCUACCGUUACACCACCAACCCAACUGUAAAAGACAAAAAACGAUAAAUGGUGUGAAAAUGACAAGGAAAAAUAAACAAAAUGACUUGUUUUUGUUCUGCUUUACCUCAAUUUUUCUUUUCUAUAAUUGUCUAUGAAAAAGCGUUGCUUAAAAUUGUUAUAUAAUGUGGAUGCAAUGAAAUUACAUCCACUAUCAUAAUUUUCCCAUUUUCCAGUUGAUUAAUACUGUUAUUGCUGGUAUGAAAACAAUGUAGGUAUAUAAUAGUAAGGUCAAAACAAGGUCAAACAAGGUUUUGACCUUAUUAGUAAGGAUACAGGUCAAAAAGCAAAAUAAUUUUUGGAUAUGUUUUUCUGUGAUUCUUAAUGUAAACAUUUAGGGCAGUAGUGUAUCUGUACAGGCAUUCCAGUUAUCAGUUCCUUCAUAAGUAUUAUGAUUCUUAUUGUAGUUGAAACUAUAAUGACACGUGUUUUGACCUGUAUCCUUACUAUUAUAUACCUACAUUGUUUUCAUUUUUCCUUUUGAGAAUAUUGUACAACUCAUGCCUGCUCAACACAACUCCUUAUACAUUUUCUCUUUACUAGACUAUAUGACAUUUCAGGUGUAGCAUCAAAAUUGUGACUGAAAGGGGUAAAAACAUUGAAAGUGUCUAGGCAUAGUUAACAUGCUGUAGAAACCAGUCAUGCAAGCUGGACCCAGCUAUUCACAGAUAAGAAUGGAAUUCUUAGGGGUUUGAGGGAACAAACCAGAUGGUAGGAAACAUAUGAGUUACAAACACUGCAAGUUGAUGUUACUUUUGUUUUCACCAUUUUUAAUAUAUAUUUUCUGUCAAAUUGACACAUACAGACACGUGAGAAGUAAAACACAGUAAUGUUCACCCAAUGCAAUCUUCCUCCCUCCUAAGUCUGGGAAUGUUCUAGUCCAGUAUGUAUUAAAGUCACUGCCUCGAUGCUACUUUAAGGUACAGGAAGUGGCCAACAAAAAUAUAUAAAUAGUCUUUGACCUAUGUAUCUCCAUAUACUCUGAAUAUCUUAUUGCUAUUGUUUGUCUUUUGGUUCCAAAGAUUCUCUAAAAGCACAUUUGUUGGUCAAGUGUAGACAUUUAUUAUACUUUUAUGAUUGUUCUUGCUGUUAUUUUAGCUCUUAUUCUAUUUUAUGGUGGGUUCAAAGUGCUCCCUUUCAGUUUGCUGAUGGUGGUGUUUUAAAAGCACCGUGUCCUGGGAAAUGUCAUCUGAGAAGUGGAGAGGGAAGAUGGGGGCAAACAUGAAUUUAUUUCCAUAAUUUUAUAGCAACAGAUUAAUAGACUUAAAAUCCCCAAAAUACAUUUGGGAACUGUCACAGUUGGUCUUUUAAAACGGGGCUGCUGAAUGUGCCGAGGGGUUUGGAUGAAGUGGUCCCAGGCAGAUAAGUCAGUGUAAAAUGUUGGGUUAAAUAUAACAUUUAGGAGUCCACAGUAGACUUGAGAGGGGAAUUUGGCAUUUUGAUACAGAAUAAAUGUCAGACUAGAGUGAGUGUGAUGGUGAAACAAAGCAUUCUAUGCCACACCAUUUUAAAGAGCCCCCACAUGCCUCCUUUUUCCAGUUGGGAGUGAGUGUGUAGUUCAGGGACAGUUGUAGGGUGGAGGACCCAGGUAGAGAGCUGAGCCAUAAACCACCUGUUGACAUGAUGAUUACCAUGUUACUAGCUGUUUUAUCAGGCCCGGCGGGAUGCAUACAGCUGCAUUAGUUAUUCUGUUGAGUAUUUAUGCCAUGAUAUCAUGAGAAUAAGAAUUUUGAACUUCUCUUUAAAAGUAUUAAAAGUAUCAGUAUGCAUGUUUCUGUGAGAAGGACGGGGUCAAAAGUCAUUUCAUUUGUUGCAUGAAUCAAAACAAUUUCUAUGGAAAGGAGGUUAUGUGAAAUAUGAAGGCAGGAUAGAGAGGGGCUUCAACAUAGUCCCCUUGAGUUUGUUUCUAGUUGGGGGGAAUAAUGAUAUGUAAAAUACUGCUUGUUUUAAAUGUAUGCCUGGGUUAUCUAUGUUCUUCUGUGGUCAUGGAAUCAUUUGAAUUACCAGUUAUAUCUCUUAUUUCAAUUUUAAUUUGGAAUGUUGAACCCCUGCAGUUUUUAUUUUGAAGUAUGUUAAGUAAACCAAUGAUGUUGUCCCACCAUGCACAGCAGUUCAGCACAGACUGAACUAAUGUUGUUUCCAAUGCCUUGCAUUGUAGCACAAGACUGCUCUAUGGCACAGCAACUGACCAUCCCUCCAUAACCUUCCACUUGUUACCCAGCAGUGGAGACUCCCAUGUGCCCUCUCACGGCUGCUGAGAUCACCUUAGACCCAGCUGUGUGUCUGACUUACCCCUGCACUGUGCUGAAGUCAACCUAGUGGGAGUUGUUGGACAGGGAUUUCAUAUGAGUUGGAAUUGCAUGUGACUUUUUUGUUUUCACAUGUGCAUUGCUAAGCUCAUUGAUCCAAGUGAUAUUGUUUUUAUUUUCUUCAAGUGACUUGUGUAUUUCUCUUGAUUUCAGCCAUCUUCAUGUUUGCCUUCUAUUUCCUGUCAUUGUUAUUGAAUGUACAUAAUAAACGGUUUGGUUUUUA